GUAUCCCAGCAACCUCUCCUAUAUAAGGAUUCUUUCAUUCUUCACCGCCCCGCCUUGCCUCAUUUUCUCUCUCUAAAUCUGCAUCGUACACCGGCGGCUGGAAGCCAAACUCAGAACCAUGGCUUCGGAGAAGAAACUAUCGAACCCAAUGAGAGAGAUCAAAGUUCAGAAGCUCGUCCUCAAUAUCUCCGUCGGCGAGAGCGGAGAUCGCCUCACCAGAGCUGCUAAGGUCUUGGAGCAACUCAGUGGCCAAACCCCUGUUUUCUCCAAAGCAAGAUAUACUGUGCGGUCUUUUGGAAUCAGGCGUAAUGAAAAAAUCGCAUGCUACGUCACGGUCAGGGGUGACAAGGCAAUGCAGCUUCUGGAAAGUGGGUUGAAGGUGAAGGAAUAUGAGCUGCUGAGGAGGAACUUUAGUGAUACUGGCUGUUUUGGCUUUGGUAUUCAGGAGCAUAUUGAUCUUGGAAUUAAGUAUGAUCCUUCAACUGGCAUCUAUGGCAUGGAUUUCUUUGUAGUGCUGGAACGCCCAGGCUAUCGUGUUGGUCGUCGUCGUAGGUGCAAGGCUCGUGUUGGCCUCCAGCACAGAGUCACAAAGGAGGAUUCCAUGAAGUGGUUCCAAGUCAAAUACGAGGGUGUGAUCCUAAACAAGUCCCAGAAUAUCGGUUCUUAGAUUUCAAACGGUAUUGGACCAUUUCGAAGUUUUGGUGAGCUUAAAUUUAUGAUUUCUUCUAGCAAAAGUCAUAAUCAAUCUUAGUUACAAAUUUUAAUUGUGUUGGUUUCUUUUGGGAACAAGCGCAUAUUAUCAUUAUUCAAUUUUCUUCUAAAGAGAUUUCUGAGCUGUACUAUUUUUGUAGUUCACAGUAUUUAGACUGCCAAGACUAUUGUGAGAAAUGAUGUUUUAUGAUUU